AUGGCGCGGAAGAAAGGCGGCAAACGCGGGGACGAUAACGAGGACGAGGCAUCUGCAGAAGCGCCGGCCGUAGAGCAGGAAACCAAGAAGGGCGGUAAGGCCGCCCGGAAGAACCGCAAAGGGAGGGCCGGAGACGAUGACGACUAUGAGCCUCCGCCUGAUGACGUGGCAGCAGCUGUCGAUGACGUGGAUGAUGAACCAGUGUCGUCAGUCAAAAGCAAGGGUAAGGGCAAGAGUGGUGCGUCGGGGUUCGCUGCGCUGAUGGACGCAGAGAAUGGCGGGGCGGCGGAGGAUGCGGAGGAGGACGAGGAGGAGGAGGAGAAGGCGAGAGGGGGGAUGGGCAAGGGGGGGAAGAAGGCAGGACAGGACGAGGACGACGAGGAGGAGGCGAGGGGAGGCGGGGGCGGAGGAGGGAAGAAGGGGGGCAAGAAGGGCAAGAAAGGCAAGAAUCGUCGCGACGACUUCGACGACGAUUUCGCCGACCCCGUUGCGGACGCAGCGGCGGAGGAGAACGGCAAGCCCGCCGCCGCUAAACCCGAGGAGGGUGACAGCGAUGGGACAGUGGGCCCGGGGUAUCUGGUGGUGGGGGAGAUCAAAUCGGCGCGCAAGGUGAAGAAGGCCGACAAGCUCAAGGCGUGCCUCGUCGACAUCGGCGGCGCGUCGCCCAUUCCGAUCGUGUGCGGCGGGACCAACGUGCGCGCGGGGCUGCGCGUGAUCGUCUGCCCCGCAGGGUGCGCCGUGCCGUCGACGGGCGCGGCGGUGAAGAAGGCGAGCAUCAAGGGCGAGGAGAGCCUCGGGAUGAUCUGCUCGCGCGCCGAAAUGGGAUGGGCGGAUGCCGCCAGCGAGGUGAUCGAGCUGGACGCAAGCGCGUUCAGCGUCGGGGACAAGGCGCCGCUGGAAGAUCCCAAUGUAGGUGUUGGUGACGUGGCGGAGGAGGCGGAAGAUGUGGCAAUGGCGUUCACGGGGAAGAAGAAGGGGAAGAAGGGGAAGGGGGGUAAGGGGAAGAAGGCGGAGGAGGAGGAGGAGGAAGAGGAGUCGGUGGUGACGAACGUUGCGCGCGACGACGAGGAGGAGGCGGAGGAGGAUUCGAUGGCUAUGGCGUUCACGGGUAAGAAGAAGAACAAGAAGAAGGACAAGAAGGGCCGGAAGCAGCAGCAGGAGGAGGAGGACGAAGAGGAAGAGGCGAAGGAAGAAGUAGCGGAGGAGGAGGAAGAGGAGGAGGUGGUGGUGUCGAGUAAGAAGGCGAGUUCCGCUCUGCAGCUGCUGGCGGCGCUGGGCGACGAGGGGGGCGAAGAGGACGAGGAGGAGAAGGAGGAGAAGGAGGAGGAGGAUGAGAUGGCUAUGGCGUUCAGCGGCAAGAAGAAGGCGAAGAAGGGCAAGAAGAAAAUGACCUCCGCGCAGCUCGACGCGCUCAUGGCGGAGGCGGACGGCGACGCGGCGGAGGCAGGGGCGCAGGAGGCGGAGGAGCGCAAGGAGGAGGAAGGGGGGAAGGGGAAGAAGGGGGGGAAGGCGGCGGCGGGGGAGGACGACAUUGACGCGCUGCUCAAGGAGCUCGAGGCGCCCAAGGCGGGCGGCGGGGGGGGCAAGAAGAAGAAGAAGGAGAAGGAGGGGAAGAAGAAGAGUGGGCGCACGGCGGAGGAGGAGGCGGAGCUUGAUCGCAUCCUGGCGGAGCUCGACGCGCCCGCAGCCCCGCCCGCGGGAGGACAGGCGCCCGCUGCCGAUGCGAAAGCGGACAGCGCUGCUGUUGAGGCAGCGGCGGGCAAGACAGACGCCGCCGCUGCUGGUGAUGCUUCUGCGGAGGGGGAGGGGGAGGAGGAGGAGGCAGGGGGAGGCGGUGGAGGGGCGGAGUCAGCUGCGGCGAAGAAGAAGAAGAAAAAGAAGGAGAAGGAGAAGGCCGCCAAGGCUGCUGCCGCUGCCGCCGCCGCUGCUGCUGCUGCAGGCGCGAAGGAGGAGGAGGCGGCGGCGGAGGGGGCGGGGAAGGCGGAGGCGGAGGAGAAGCGCAAGCGCGAGGAGGAGGAGCGGGAGCGCAAGGAGAGGGAGGAGGAGGAGCGACUGGCGGAGCUUGAGAGGCAGCGCGAGGAGGCGAAGCAGCGGCGCAAGCAGAAGGAGAAGGAGAAGAAGGAGCAGCUUAAGAAGGAGGGGAAGCUGCUGACGGGGCGGCAGAAGGAGGAGGCGAAGCGGUUGGCCGCCAUGCGCGAACAGCUGCUGGCGCGCACUGGGGGCGCCGAGGGCGACGAGGGCGCGGGGACGGGCGCAGGGAAGAAGCGCGGCGGCGUGUUUGACCGGCGGAAGAAGGGGAAGCAGCAGCAGCAGAAGCAGGAGGCGGGUGGGAAGGAGGAGGGGAAGGAGGAUGCGGAGGGGGGUGAUGUGGAAGAGGCGAAGGAGGAGGAGGAGGUGGAGGGUGUGAGUGAGGUGGUGGAGAAAGUGGAUGAAGCAGCAGAGGAGGAAGAGAAGAAAGAAGAGGAGGAGGAAGAGAAGGAGGAGGAGAAGAAGGAGGAGAAGGAGGAGGAGAAGGAGGAAGAGGAAGAGGAGGAGGAGGAGGACUGGGAUGCAAAGAGCUGGGAUGCGGAGGCAGUGAAGAUACCCAAGCUCAAGGGCGCGUUCGAUGAGGAGGAAGAGGAGGAGGAGGAGAAGGUUAGUGCUUCUGCUGCUGCUAAACCUGCUGCCAAGGCCAAACCGGCAGACGGGGCUUCCAAGAAGGCUGCUGCUGCUAAGGCGAAGGGUAAAGCGGCAGGUGGCAAGGGGAGGGUGGAGGAGGAGAGUGAGGAAGAGGAGGAUAGCGAGGAGGAGGACGAGGAUGAUGAUGAGGAGACUGACGAGGAGGAAGGGGAGGAGACGCGGAGGAUGGAAGCGAGGGAGCGGCGGGAGCAGCGGAAGCAGGAGGCGAUGAAGGCACGCAGUGCGGAGGACCUGCGGUCGCCCAUCUGCUGCAUCCUGGGGCACGUGGACACGGGCAAGACCAAGCUGCUGGACUGCAUCCGCCGCACCAACGUGCAGGAGGGAGAGGCGGGCGGCAUCACACAGCAGAUCGGCGCCACCUACUUCCCCAUGGCCAACAUCCGCGAGCGCACGCGCGAGCUCAAGGCCGACGCGUCUCUCCGUGUCCCGGGGCUGCUGGUCAUCGACACGCCCGGGCACGAGUCGUUCACGAACCUGCGUGCGCGCGGGUCAGGGCUGUGUGACAUCGCCAUCCUGGUGGUGGACCUGAUGCACGGGCUGGAGCCGCAGACCAUCGAGUCGCUCAACCUGCUCAAGAUGAGGAAGACGCCCUUCGUCGUUGCCAUGAACAAGGUGGACCGCAUAUACGGGUGGAACGCGACGCCCAAUGCGCCCAUCCGCGCGGCGCUGAAGAAGCAGACGAGAGACGCCAUCCUCGAGUUCGACCGCCGCACCGACCAGGGGGGUGGGGUUGGCGAGGAGUGCAUGGGCAGAGGGAUGGAGCAGAAUGCUAUGAGGGGUCGUUUCUCGCUCGCUGCUGACAUUCGCCUCCAACCUGCCCUCUCCUCAUUCAUUGCUACCCCUCCUGUGUUCCCUCCUCCCCCCAUCAUGUCCGCUGGGCAGGUGAUGUUGGAGCUGAAGGAGCAGGGGUUGAACGCGGCGCUGUACUACAAGAACCCCGACAUCCGCAAGUUCAUCUCCAUCGUCCCCACCUCCGCCAUCAGCCCCUCCCCCCAUGCCCCAUUUCCCUUCUGCCAACCGCUCACUUCCCCAUUCCCCCCUGCGCUCAUCCUCCCCUCGCGGCCACCCCCCAUGUGCCCAAUCUCUCCCUCGACUCCCCAAUGUCUCUUUCACACACCCCCCCGCCCCCCUUCUCCCCUCCCCCUCUCCCUGGGCAGUGGCGAGGGCGUGCCGGACCUGCUGCUGCUGCUGGUGCAGCUGACGCAGAAGCUGAUGGAGGAGCAGCUCAUGUACGUGGCCAGCGUGCAGUGCACCGUGCUCGAGGUCAAGGUCAUCGAGGGCCUCGGCACCACCAUCGACGUGGUGCUUGUGAACGGGGUGCUGCAUGAAGGGGAUCAAAUCGUUGUGUGCGGCCUGCAGGUGAGGGGGCGAGGGGGGGGGAUGCAGGUGGGUGAGGGAGAGAGGGGCGUUGCAGUGACGAGCAUCAGAGCGCUGCUGACGCCACACCCCAUGAAGGAGCUGCGCGUCAAGGGCUCGUACAUGCAUCACAAGGAGCUGCGCGCAGCACAAGGCAUCAAGAUCACGGCGCAGGGGCUGGAGCACGCAGUAGCAGGCACGCAGCUGUACGUGGUGGGGCCCGACGACGACGUGGACGAGCUGAGAGAGGAGGCCAUGGCGGAUGUGAAAGGCGUGCUGUCGCGCGUGGACAAGAGUGGCGAGGGCGUGAGCGUGCAGGCCAGCACGUUGGGGUCGCUGGAGGCGCUGCUGGAGUUCCUCAAGAGCCCUGCUGUGAAGAUCCCCGUGUCGGGCAUUGCCAUUGGGCCGGUGCACAAGAAGGACGUGAUGCGUGCGAGUGUGAUGCUGGAGAGGAAGAAGAAGGAGUAUGCCGUCAUCCUCGCCUUCGACGUCAAGGUGCUGCCUGCGCCCACCACCCCUGCUGGUCUGAUCGGCAUUGCCUGUAUACCCAAUUCUGCUUAUGCUCACGGCUGUUUCAACCGACCUUGCUCUCUUAAUAUUUUCUCCUUUCCCUUACCAACUCCUUCCCUCACGACGGUGUGUGUGUGGGGCCGACAGGUGUCAACGGAGGCGAGGGAGAUGGCGGAGGAGCUGGGAGUGCGCAUAUUCACAGCGGACAUCAUCUACCACCUGUUUGACCAGUUCACGGCGUACAUGGCGGGCGUGAAGGACGAGAAGCGUGCGGAGGCGGCGGAGGAGGCGGUGUUCCCGGUGGUGCUGAAGAUCAUGCCCAACUGCAUCUUCAACAAGAAGGACCCCAUCGUGCUUGGUGUCGAGGUGCUGGACGGCAUUGCCAAGGUGGGCACGCCCAUAUGUGUGCCGGGGCGUGAGUUCAUAGACAUAGGCAAGAUCGCAUCAAUGGAGAAGGACCACAAGAUGGUCGACACCGCCAAGAAGGGCCAGGCCGUCGCCAUGAAGAUCGUGGGGGUGAACGCGGAGGAGAUACAGAAGUCGUACGGGCGGCACUUUGACAGCGAUGACGAGCUCGUCAGCCGCAUUACUCGCAACUCCAUCGACCUCCUCAAAGAAAACUACCGCGUAUGCUUCCCCCCCGUACCCCCUCCCUCCACUGCCCACUCUUCGUCCUUGCAACUAUGUCUCUCCCACUUCACCCUUGUUUUCUCUUGUCAGACCUCCUCAAUUCUUGUCAUCCUGCCUCCCGUCCACCCUCCAAUGCUGUCAUCUGUUGUUCGAAUCUCCACAUCUUGCAUUCGCCCUCGCACUCCCCUCAUGAACCAGGACGACUUGAGUCGAGAGGAUUGGAUACUGGUGGUGAAGCUCAAGAAGCUCUUCGACAUUCCCUAG